GAAUAUGUGAAAUAUUGUACUGCUUACUUUUAGUUCAAAACUCAAAGAGGAAGCAAAUGAAAUUUGGUGUAAGAGGCUAUAAACGGAACACAAUGAAGUUAUCAUAUAUUUCAAAACAAUUCACAGUACUUCUAGUGCUGUUAUACUUUUUCAAUGAUGGAAAAGUGUCUGCAUUUAAAUGGAAACAAAACUUGGAGAAAGCAUUGAAUGAGAAGACAAAAAUUCAUCAACAACUCCUUUUGUAUGAAAAUGAUUUCAACAACAGCAUUAUUUAUCAAAUUGAAAACAAUAUUUCUAAAAUGAUUCCAACCCGAGUUGUUGAUUUCCAUUGCAUGAUGAGUGGAGAACAAAAAGAUUUGCGACUAGAUCCUUAUUUGCUUCAAGUAACGAGAUUGGUAAUCAUCCCUUCAGAAAAUACAAGAAAUGUAUCAAAGAUAAUCAAAGUGCUUGACAAUGUUUCCAAAAUGUCACAGCAAAGAACACAUCCAAAAACUUUGAUUGCAAUAACCAAUGCCACAAAAAUUCCGAAGUACAAAAAAUUCUUUCAAUUGUGUUGGUCGAAACAGUUUUUGGACAUUAGUGUCCUAAAGUUAGAGCUACAGAAAGAAGAUAAGGAAUCAAAGAUUGCUGACAGUUUCAACAAAAUUGAUGCUUACUUGCGGUACUAUAAUCCAUUUACAAACAGUUCUGUUAAAACUCGACUACAACAGCGAACAAAUUUGUUUCCUUACAAAUUGAAUGAUCUAAAUGGUUACGAACUUACUGCCGGUGUGUUUCCAUAUCAACCUUACGUCAAUUACGAUCGUAAUUCGACAGGUCAUAUUCUAAAAGUACAUGGCCCCGACAUCAACUUAUAUACAACCAUGGCAGAAGUUCUAAACUUCUCCCUAAAAAUGGAAUUGUUCAAUUUCAGCACAUGGCCCAAGGUAAAUUGUACUAAGGAGUACAAUACUGGUUAUAUGAAAAAAGUAAUGUACAACGAAUUUCAAUUUGAAGGGGUUCAAUCAGGGUUGGUAAAAGCAUGUGUUAACGAUUUACUUGUAUUUGGGAAAGGUACAAGAGCUUUUAGGUUGAUAAUAUUAGUACCAAUGUUUCCUAACGAAAAAAUCAAUAUGACGACUAAAUGGAAUCUAUAUGAUAUAUUUGGCAUCUCCUGUUUAAUUUUGUCACCUUGGUUAAUAAGCAGAUGUCUAAAUUUUGAUCCUGACAAAUGGAAAUUAAUGUACGCUAUUCAAAUAGCACUGGGUAGUGCAACACCUAAAAUGCCAAUAAAAAUUAUUGAAAGGAUUACAUUUAUACUGAUGAUAUUCAUUUUCUUAUUCCAAUCAUCAAACAUCUUUUCAACACUAUGCAAUCUUCAAUUAAAGAAAGAAACAGUCCACGAAAUUAAAACAUACGAAGAGUUGUAUGACAAGAAUUUAACUCUCUAUACACAUUCCACGAAUGAUAAAUUUGAAAACAAUGAUACGGCUUUUGAAAAGAUCUUUAAUCAGGCUAUUUAUUCCGAAAAUUCAUUCUUUGAAUGUGCUAAAUUGGUAAAUGAUGAACAAAAUGUUGCGUGUUAUGGCAGAGAACAUUUGGCACUCUUGGCAAUGCAAAGAAUAAGAAAUUCUGGUAGAGAAGUAAAAAUGAAAAUUUUUAAUAUGGCUCAUAUAGUUCCAGGAAGUGCAAUAUAUUAUUCGGCAGGUUCACCAUAUCCUGAAAGAUUUGGUCUUGUUUCUACUGCUCUUAUUGAAUCUGGAAUUAGUGACAAAUGGGAUGCUGAUAACCUUUCCAAAGUUUCUCAAGGGAAAAGUGAAAUUGAUUUGUUUAUACAAGAAAUAUCUCUCACCUCGAAAGUAUUAAAGCUAAUGAUAAUCCUACUUCUAAUUGGAUAUUUAUGUUCGUUUCAAGUUUUUGUUUUUGAAAUUUUUAUUCACAAGUAUAAUAUAAACUUUGAUUGCAAUUUGUUGGAGCUUAUAGUGUUACUCUAUUCUGUGUUCCAGUUUUUAAGAUUACGCGGUAGUCGUGGUUAGCGUCCAACGGACUUAUGAAGUAACACAUCAAGACAUAUUGAUGACAUUGUAGGCUGAAGGAAAGUUUAGUCUUAUUGUAAGCCGGGAAGCUUCAUAUUUUUUGCAAAAGCUUCUGCAUUUCCAAAUCGAUUUGGUCUUGUUUCAUCUGCUCUUAUUGAAUCUGGAAUUAGCGAUAAAUGAGAUGCUGCAUACUUUCCUAAAAUUGCACGAAAAGAAAGUCAAAGUGAUUUGUAUAAACAGGAUAUUUCUCUUACGUCGAAGUGUUUGACAUUAAUGAUAAUUCUCCUUUCUCUUGGAUAUUCAUGUUCCAUUUUCUUUUUGCUUUUGAAAUUAUUAUCUACAAUUACUUGAAAGUUUAAAGGUAAUUCAUCUAUUUACCUUGAACUCUGUUUUUAUAAAAAUGAUACCCUUCUUUGCAAAAAAACCUACUAUACUUUUUUUCUAUAGAUGCAAAUUUGCUUGUAGAUCAAUACUUUCCUUCCACAAAUAGAAGAAACAAAAGCAAAUCAAUAAUGUAAUUUCAAAAAUUUCGCAACUUUUCUUACAUAAGGAAACAUGUUGAAUGUAAUUAUUCAAAAAUAAACGAAUAAAAUUUAAAUCUAUGUAGUUAAUUAUAUUAUAUAUAUACUGAAGCCUAAUAAUCCCAAACAAAAAGUUCUCAGAAUGCCUGCGAUCUCUUCGGGAACCUAUGAAAUUUCAGUUGACUCUUGUUUGCAAAAAACCUGCUAGUUCCAAAAAUAUCAAAAAACAGUUAUUCCAUAAUUUUUGAAUCUUUAAACCAUCAUGUUCUAUGCUGACUUUUUGGAGAAACAAAAGUCCAAUAAAAGUUUGCGAAAAGUUUGCAGAUUUUUUACAUGGGAGUGCAAUUAAUAUCAAGCCAGGAGUUUUGAUGUCGAGGUAUAAAAACGUGCACUGUCAAUAUUAUUGUCCAGUACACACCAUUAGAAUUCGACUGUCGAUAAAACCAGUUGAAGAGCAUUUUUCAAUUGCUUCUUUCUCCUCUGUAAAAAAAACCCCCAGUUGACGGUGAUCCAGACAAAUGCGAGCACUCUUAAUUUCAAGUCGCUCUGUAGACGCAAAAUUUUUGUAAAAAUAGUAUUGACUUACAGUUUGUAAGAAAAAUUUCCAUUAGGACACUUGUAAAGCAACAAUAAUUCACCUUUUUCGCACACGUACACUAUUGUAGGUCAAUCAAUAUUUUUUUGCUGAAAAUAGAAGGAAAAAAUAAAUCAAUAAUUGAACUUGUAAAAUAUUGUAAACAUUCUGUUGCAAAAACUAAGUCAUAAUACAAUUUUCCACUAUUAUAAUAUAAUUAAUCAAUAACUCAGCAUUUUCUAAUGAAAAAACUACGUAAAUUUUUGUAUUGCUACUGCACGACCUUAAUUGUUAUUUUAUUCCUCAAGUUGUUUAUAUCUUCAGUAAAAUAAAAAUCUUAUCUUGAAAUGCAAACUAUGCUUAUUGAAAAGAAAAACAUCAGCCCUUUCUAAGAAAGUGGACAUUCCUUUCCAUUUGAA